GGGGUGGAUUCCUGCAGUCUCCCAUCGGUCAGUUGAGAGCAGGUCCGCGGUCCGCGAACACAGCGUCCAGCUCUGAACUCACACAUCGCAGACUUGCCAGUGUGCGUGUGUCGCAGCCGAGUUUAGAAUGGGGAGAUUGGCACCGGCUCGAUCAGUCGUCACAAAGCCUCUGGAUGGGGAGGAGUUCAGGGCGAUGGGCCACCAGAUGGUGGACUUCAUCGCCGACUACUUCCGCGAUCUUGAGACUUAUCCUGUCCAGAGUCAAGUUCAGCCAGGGUACCUGAAGAAGUUGCUGCCAGAGAGUGCCCCGCAGGACCAGGACUCGCUGGAGGACAUAUUUUACGACAUGCACAGCAAGAUAUUUCCUGGCAUCACGCACUGGCAGAGUCCCAGCUUCUUCGCGUACUACCCGUCGCAAACCAGCACAGCCAGCAUCCUAGGCGAGAUGCUGAGCGCCAGCCUGAGCGUGGUGGGAUUCAGCUGGAUCACGUCCCCAGCUGCAACGGAAUUGGAGAUCAUCGUGAUGGACUGGCUGGCGAAGAUGUUGCAGCUCCCAAGCGAGUUCCUGUCCACGGGCAACGGCGGAGGGGUGAUCCAGGGGACGGCGUGUGAAGCGAUUUUGGUAGUGAUGCUGGCAGCGAGGAAGCGGGCGAUUGCGAGGGCGGCCGCGGAACAGGGCAUCUCAGAGGCCGAGGCACUUGGGAAGCUGACAGUGUACACGUCAGACCAAGCCCACGCCUGCGUGAACAAGGCCAGCCAGCUGGCGGGGAUCGCGACGAAGAACCUGCGGCUAAUCCACGCGGACGCGUCCACGAACUACGCUGUGUGCGCAGACAAGGUGGCGAAGUGCGUCGCCGCCGACAAGGCGGCCGGCCUGAUUCCGUUCUUUCUUGUCGGAGUGAUUGGCACGACGUCGUCGGCAGCCGUGGACCCCCUGUCGGAUCUGGGGGACAUCGCUCAGGAGCACAGCCUGUGGUACCACAUAGACGGAGCGUACGCAGGGAACGUGUGCAUCUGCCCGGAGUACCGGCCGUUGUUGAAUGGCGUGGAGAAGGCAGACUCGUUCGACAUGAACCUUCACAAAUGGUUCCUGACCAACUUCGACUGCUCCUGUCUGUGGGUGAAGGACAGGUCGCCGCUGUUGGCAGCGCUCACGACCAACCCAGAGUACCUGCGCAACAAGCAGUCGGAAGCGAACGCGGUGGUGGACUUCAAGGACUGGCAGAUCCCUCUCAGCCGCAGAUUCAGGGCUCUGAAGCUGUGGAUGGUGCUGCGCAUGCACGGGUCCGAUUUCUUGCAGACGUAUCUGAGGAGCCACUGCGAGCAGGCGAAGCAUUUCGAGACCCUGGUGCGAGCGGACUCCAGGUUCGAGCUCAUGUCACAGAGGAUAUUCUCGCUGGUGUGCUUCCGGGUGAAGCCGGCGGCGGGGGACAAGGACAACGGUUACACGCUGAACAAGAAGCUCGUGGAGGCCCUGAACACCGGUGGAGACAUCAUGCUCACUCACACGACGUUGGAGGGCGUGUACACAAUCCGGUUCGCUAUUGGCGCAGCCCGGACGGAGAUGCGGCACAUCGUCGCGGCGUGGAAAGAGAUUCAACGUCAAACCUCGAAGCUGCUCAAGUGCUAGGGGCAGGCGGCAACGGUCAGCAGGGAAGGGUAAAGUGGGGAGUGUGAGCACGAGUGACGUUGCUGCCGUGAGAGUGGAGGCUUUAAGACGGAGGUAGGAGGAAGGCAUUUGUCUUAGUGCCCCUUUUUUUAAAUAGUUCUCAUCUGUGUGGGAGUGCGACAUCUCUUCAUUUUUCUGACAAUUAUGCCGAGGAUAGCGGGAAGAGUGGAGAAAUGAAGAUAAAGGAAUGCUGAUUUAUUGAUGCCGAGGAUCGUGGGAAUAGUGUGGGAAAACGAAGUUGAAGCAAUGAUGUCCUAUCUAUAUAAGUGCUAGAGAACUGGAAGUUUGAUAUAUUUAGUUGUUGCUUCAAAGAAAGAAGCAGAUAGUUAAGAGUCACCAAAGGUCAGAUAUUAUCUCUUAAGGAAGGAAAAUUUGAAUGAUUUGUGUGGAACACCUAAUUAGUGAUAAGUAUAAAUCAAAUUUACUCAAGUUAAUAUAUUGAUUAUGUAGAAGAGUUAGAGUUGUGAUGAGAGCAUUUUGAGCAGAAAAUAGCGAGGUGGGUCAGUAGAAGUCAAUAAGAGAGCUAAGAUAGAAUCUAUGUAAUUUGUAGAUAUGAGAUUGCCGUACACAACUAGAAGCAAUUUUUCUUAAGUGAGUAUGUCCAUCACUAUUGAAAUACUA